AUGGCUGACGUGGUUACAUUUUCUGAGCUGGACGCCCCAUGUGGAUCAUCCAGCUCAGCCCCCAAACCACUCGUCAGGGACCUCGCACACGAACCGCAUCCAGACCACAAUGCCUUAACACAGCUUUCCGACAGAAUGGCUGCGACUCUCUCCUCCUCAGCGUCCGCCUCCCUUCGCUCCCUCGCUGUCCCAGAGGGAAGCAGCCUCUCCUCUUCUUCCCGCGCGGCAAUCCCUGGGUUCUCCGGCCUCAAGGCGCACAGGGGACUCUCCGCCUCUGCCAGGAUUCAAACAUGCACCUGCGUGUCCUGCGGCCGAUCCUGCUCCUGCCCGUGCGCGAAAUGCGGUAACCGUCGCACCAGCAUCGUCGCCAAGGCCAGCGGAGACAACCAAUUUGCCAGCGUUUCCCAAUCCACGGCAGCCCCCGCCGCUCCCGCCACCAGCGCCCUCCUCCCCGCCGUCGUCGGCGCCGGCGCUCUGGGCGCCGCGACCUACGUCGCCGUGAAGAAGCUCACCGCGUCCCCCUCUGCCGCUCCCGCCGCAUCCACGGGCGCCGCUCCCGCCGCCACUCCCGCGCCGCCCAGCGGCAUCGUGCCGCGCGCGAAGCACGCGGCGGCGUCCGCCCUCGCGACGAUGGCGACGACGUUCCCGUCGGCGAUGCAGGAGGAGGCGUUCCUGAAGGCCGUGGCGGUGGAGCUGGCGAAGCUGGGGUUCCGCAAGGACAACGGCAUCGCGCUGGUGAACACGUGCCGCGACGAGGUGUGCCGGCCCGUGGUGAGCAUCAUCGACCGCGAAUUCGGGCUGAGCUUCAACAUCUCGGGGCUGGGCGGGCUCGUCAACUGCGGCAAGGUCGGCUUCAAAGCCGCCAUGAGCCACUCGCCCGAGUUCCCCUGCGACGUCGACGGCAACCUCAAGGAGCGAUACAUCUUCUUCGCGUUCCCCCACGUGUCCAUCGGCGAAUCGGGCGAGGUGGGGUCGCUGCUGCGUCGCGGUCGCGGCAAGCCGUCGAGCGCGUGCGGAGCGUUGAUCGCCAUCAAAAACGACAUCAACAACGGCGCGGCGCCCAGCAUGGACAGCGACGACCCCGAGUACACGCUGCUGCGCAAGAAGAUCAUGGCUAAGGUGUCGGGCGGUAACAAGUCUCUGGUGGACGUGACGCGCGCGGCGUUGGCGGCGAUCAACGAGGACCUCGAGAAGCUCAUCUCGCUGACGGUGGACCCCGCCACGGCGGACUACGCGGUGAUCACGGGCGUGCAGAUUCACUCGGGCGACCAGAUUCCCGGCCAGCCCUUCCGCAUCGAGCGCACCUGCGACUACAUCGCGCCCGACAAGAUGUACGCCGUCGUUCGCGGCCAGAAGUACGCGCUGCAAGUGCAGACGCCCAAGUCGGAAGGCGUCUCUGCCAUGGUUUGA